AUGGGUUCUAUGGAGAAUGGCAAUUCUACUGAGCGCCGGUUUGGCACCCUAGCGGUCCACGCCGGUGCCCAUCAUGACCCCACUACUGGCGCUGUCAUUGCCCCCAUUUCCUUGUCUACCACAUAUGCUCAGACCAGCGUUGGUAACCCCGUUGGUCUCUACGAGUACACUCGUAGCUCCAACCCCAACCGGGAUAACUUCGAGGAGGCUAUUGCUGCCCUUGAGCACGCCAAGUAUGCCCUUGCUUUCUCCUCGGGUUCCGCUACUACUGCGGUCGUUCUCCAGUCCUUAGCUGCGGGGUCACACGUUGUCUCGGUCUCCGACGUGUACGGUGGCACCCACCGCUACUUCACUAAGGUCGCCUCAGCUCAUGGUGUUGAUGUCACUUUCUCGCCCACUAUUGAACAGGAUCUUGAGCGUUUGAUUCGUCCUGAGAUUAAGCUCAUCUGGAUCGAGUCUCCCUCAAACCCCACUCUCAGCCUUGUUAAUAUCCGUGCUGUCGCUGACAUCGCUCACCGCCAUGGUGUCCUGGUUGUUGUUGACAACACUUUCAUGAGCCCCUAUGUUCAGAACCCUCUGGUUCACGGUGCUGAUAUUGUGGUGCACUCUGUCACCAAGUACAUUAACGGUCACUCCGAUGUCUUGAUGGGUGUUGCUGCUUUCAACUCCGAUGCCUUGAAGGAGCGUCUCUCCUUCCUUCAGAACGCCAUUGGUGCUGUUCCAUCUGCUUUCGACUGCUGGCUCGCCCACCGUGGUCUGAAGACCCUGCACUUGCGUGCCCGUGAGGCUUCCAAGAACGCCACUGUCGUUGCCCAGGCUCUUGAGUCUUCCUCUCACGUCAUCUCCGUCAACUACCCCGGUCUUGACUCCCACGCUCAGCGCGCCAUUGCUCUUAAGCAGCACCGCGAUGGUAUGGGUGGUGGUAUGCUGAGCUUCCGCAUCAAGGGUGGCCAGGCUGCCGCUCACACCUUCUGCCAGCACACCAAGAUCUUCACUCUCGCUGAGUCUCUGGGUGGUGUUGAGAGUCUCUGUGAGGUUCCUGCUAGCAUGACUCACGGCGGUAUCCCCAAGGCUGAGCGUGAGGCUGCUGGUGUCUACGAUGACCUUGUCCGCAUGAGCUGUGGUGUUGAGGAUGCCGAGGAUCUCAAGGCCGAUGUUCUCCGCGCUCUUGAGCUGGCCGUUGGCGCUUCCAAGGCUUAA